AUGCCUGCCUUACCGGUGCUGUGUCGCGAGGUCCUUACCGAGACGCUCAGAGAUUCAGUGAUUCCCCGAGAUGCGGUGCAGGCUGACGUCCUGACAACUUUCAAAUUCGAUGGCUUCCUCACCUUGGCGGCAAUGCGAGCUCUCAUGAUGCUCUUCUUCCUUGUGGCAAUCAUCGUCGCGGCGCUUUGGAGGGUUGUGGAGGUGGCCGAUCCAGACCCUGAACCGGAUGACAAAUGCCAGAGGUGCCAGAAGCCGGAGUCACUGCCGCAACAAGUGCCAGUUGCGGUGGAUAAGCUGCUCAGCACAGAGGGUUUGUUUCCUCUUGACGACUGCCAAGAGCUCCCGCUUCAAGGCUUGCCUGCGGACCUGCCCUGCAUUUGUCCACCGUACAUGAAGGCCACGCAAGGAGCCCGCUUAUCCGUUGCGCUGCCCGUCACAGAGCAUGGUUGCGACGUACUUGGUCUGGGAGCUUCCCGGUCCUUGAGGGGCCCACCAAGUCGCUUGCUGACGGCAAACUUGCGUUUGGAAGGAUCCACCGGAGCACUGGAGCUGCGUGAGCAGGAUAGGGACGUGCUGUGUCUUCAAGAAAGGAGCCUGGAUGCUGUGAAGACUCGCACGAAGGCGACGCAGGCAGCUCCUACAGGGAGUACAAACAGUGUGGUUAUCAGCAGUGUGGUUAUCGGCAUCAGCUUUGACUGCUUUGCAGGGGACACAGCGCGGCAGCGUUAUUUAUUGCAAAGCGAGAGCACGAAGUCGGCAGUGGCCCUACCAACACCGCAAAUUGACUUUAACGAGAAGUCUGGAUCGCCAAGGCUGACGCAGCUGAUGCGACCUGGCCGGGGCAUGAUGGCCGCCGAUUGCGUUGACUCGCUGGGUGCCACCAAUUCCACGGGCACCCUGCCAAGUGGCGCAGCCUUCCACCAGGAGCAGCUUGAUGACUUUGAGCAGUUGCACGGGACCCCGCCUAUCAUCACUGAAUCGGAGCCCGGAGGCAAGUAUGAACUCUCCCCGCUACAUGCCGAAUCGCCCACAGAGGUACAGUCACAGAGCUACGCGCGGGGGUUCAUGCAGCAGAAGCACAAUCCACGAGCCAACAUAGAGCCUCAGACGCUGGAGAGUCGACGGGGUCGUAAGGUUAAGGAAGAUGGUGAUUCGCACACGCCAUCUUUGCAUGAGCAAGCGAUGGAUGUAAAGCAAGCUGGGGAGGUUCGUGCAGCAGAAACGAGCCAACACAGAGCCUCAGACGGUGGAGAGUCGACGGGGUCUAAGGUUAAGGUAGAUGGUGAUUCGCGCACGCCAUCUUCGUAUGAGCAAGCGAUGGAUGUAAAGCAAGCUGGGGAGGUUCAUGCAGCAGAAACACAAUCCACGAGCCAACACAGAGCCUCAGACGGUGGAGAGUCGACGGGGUCUAAGGUUAAGGAAGAUGGUGAUUCGCACACGCCAUCUUUGCAUGAGCAAGCGAUGGAUGUAAAGCAAGCUGGGGAGGUUCGUGCAGCAGAAGCACAAUCCAUGAGCCAACAUAGAGCCUCAGACGCUGGAGAGUCGACGGGGUCUAAGGUUAAGGAAGAUGGUGAUUCGCACACGCCAUCUUCGCACGAGGAAGCGAUGCAUGUAAAGCAAGCUGGGGAGGUUCAUGCAGCAGAAACACAAUCCUCGAGCCAAGAAGCAGUCCAGGGGGAAGGUCGCGCUGCAGAUCCAUUCGGACAGUCGCGCAAGCAAGCCAUUGACCAAACAUCCAACACGAAGGCGUAUGCUGACGAGCCAAGCAUGGCAGCAAUGGAGCGGAGACCGCAGACUGCAGCAAACGGAUCAAACGAGCCGAGGGAGCCAGACACAGAUGACACAGGUAUCUGCAACAAACCACCGCCUCCACCGUGGGAGCGGUUGUACCAGACGAAGGUGGGUAUCGUGACCAGCGAGAAAAGCGACCAGGUUGAGCCAAGGCCUAGGCCGACAGCGGAAGAUCAGGAGCUCUUCUCCUUGCGAAACGAGGUGUUCUUGCUGCGACGUGAGUUGGCAAUUCUACAAAGUGACCCGCAGCCACAGAUAUCGACAAGUGUUGCAUUCAAUCCACCUAUGCGAUUUGGCUCUGGCACCCCAUCGCGACGUCAGGUGUCUGCAUCGGCAUCCCGCCGACCUAAGGGCAUGAAAAGCAAUGACCUGCUGAGUCUUCGUGCAGAGCGUGACCAGCUUCUGCUGCAACGUUCAGAGAUGAGCUUGAAAGCCACAGCUCAUACUGAGACUACGAAGACCGGGUCCAAAUCCUCAAG